AGCAAAUCGCCACUUCUUUCUCUGCAAAUCUUUCAUUUGUUCAAAACUCAAAAACUCAAGAGUCGCUUUGGCAAGAGAUGGAUCUCUGGUUCCUCGUCCUCGUCACCCUCUCCGUCGCCGCCCUCCUUAGGGCCACCGUCAACCUCCUCUCCUCCCCCACCGACAAGAGGAGCCUCUCGCCGGGCCCCCUCACCUUCCCGGUCGUCGGCAACUUCCUAUGGCUCUGCAAGUCCUUGGCGGAGAUCGAGCCCGUCCUCCGCUCCCUCCGCGCCCGACACGGCCCCAUGGUGACCCUCCACGUCGGCCACCGCCCCGCCGUCUUCGUCUCCUCACCGGCCCUCGCCCACCAGGCUCUCGUCCACCGCGGCGCAGUCUUCGCCGACCGCCCGCCGCCCCUCGUCGCCGACCGCGUCCUCUCCGCCAACCAGCACAACAUCAGCUCCUCCUCCUACGGCCCUACCUGGCGCCUCCUCCGCCGGAACCUCACGGCGGAGAUCCUCCAUCCCUCGCGCCUCCGCUCCUACUCCCGCGCCCGCGCGUGGGUUCUCGACAUCCUCGUGACGGAGCUCAAGUCCCAGCCAGGCGGCGUCGUCCGGGUCGUCGACCACUUCCAUUACGCCAUGUUCUGUUUGCUGGUCCUCAUGUGCUUCGGAGACAGGCUAGAGGAGCAGCAGAUUAAGCAGAUUGAGGAGGUUCAGACACGGUUGCUUCUGGGUCUGCGGCGGUUCAACGUGCUCAACAUCUGGCUGCGGGUGAGCAAGCUCCUGCUCCGGAAGCGGUGGAAGGAGUUCUACGAGCUCAUCGAAUAUCGGAAUCGCGUCCUCGUCCCGCUCAUCAGAGCUCGAUCCAAGGCCAAGCGAGAGCAACUGAACAAAGCCAAGGAGGACGGGAAUGACGGCGACUGGAUCGUGUCGUACGUGGACACGCUCCUGGACCUGGAGCUGCCGGAGGAGAAGAGGAAGCUGGAGGAGGACGAAAUGGUGAGCCUCUGCUCAGAGUUCCUCAACGCCGGCACCGACACGACGUCCACGGCGCUGCAGUGGAUCAUGGCCAACCUGGUGAAGUACCCAGAAAUCCAAGAGAGGCUCUACGAUGAAAUCAAAUCAGUCGUGGGACAAGGGGCGGAGCAAGUGAAGGAGGAGGAUUUGCAGAAGAUGGGCUACCUGAAGGCGGUGGUGCUGGAGGGGCUGCGCCGCCACCCACCGGGGCACUUCGUGCUGCCGCACGCGGUGACGGAAGACACGGAGCUGGGCGGGUACGUGAUUCCCAAGGACGGGACCAUCAACUUCACGGUGGCGGAGAUGGGUUGGGACCCGAAAGUCUGGGAGGACCCGAUGUCCUUCAAGCCUGAGAGGUUCUUGAAUUACGGCGGCGGCGACGGCGGAGAAGCGGGCGGGUUCGAUAUAACGGGGAGCAGGGAGAUAAGGAUGAUGCCGUUUGGGGCAGGGAGGAGGAUGUGUCCCGCGUCCGGGCUUGCGAUACUGCACCUGGAGUACUUCGUGGCGAACUUGGUGUGGCUGUUCCGAUGGCAGACGGUGGCCGGCGAGGAGGUGGACCUGUCGGAGAAGCAGGAGUUCACCAUAGUGAUGAAGAACCCUUUGAGGGCUCAGAUUUGUCCCCGGAAUUUGGGCACCUGAACUUGGGAAAAUGUCUGUAUAUAAUUAGACUUGGCAGGCGAACCUAUGCUUCUGUGCUUGGAGAACCCCCGAGGUGUUUGCGAAAAUUCCUGAAAGAGGCAUGCUUUCCAAGUUAAAUUCUCUCUUUGUUAGUAGCGUUGGUCCUCUCCUAUUCUUUUGUUAAAAAUGAAAUUAACUGACUUGUAAAAGAAAUAGCAUCCGAUUGAGUCUUCUGCCCCCAUUCAUCUUCUGGGAAUUGUAAUAAUAAGUACUGUCAAAAAUAAAAACUA